AUGUCCGUGUCCUUGGUCAACGGCACGUCCGCCGUGACGCUCCUUGCGCCGGAGCCGGCGCUCGUGGCACAAACAGCCGAUUUCUACGCGGAUUUCGCCGGGUUUUCCGUGGAGAAAAAGACCGCCGCAGCCGCCGACUUGGCCGCCGCGGCCGGGCCGCGCAUGCUCAUCCGCGUGUCCGACAAGGCCGCCCCGGCGCUGGUUCUGGCAGACCUCCGGACCAAACUAGCCGCCGAGGCCGCCACCAGCGACUGGCGCGCACGUGGCCUGCACGUGACCUGGGCCGUGGCCAGCCUCAACGGCGUCAUCCUGGCGCUCCGGGCCGCCCGCCAGCCCGUGCAGAUCUACCCGAACGACUUGUACCCGGUGGAGGCGUACCUGGUGGACCCGUUGGGCCACGUGGUGGGCUUCACGGGCGCGCUGAACUUGUUGUCGUUCAGCCCCCACGUGGAGAAGCUCCAGCCGCCGGCGCCUGCCGCGGCCGAGCCCAUGUCCACGUCGGUGUCCGAGUCCCAGGGCCCCGUGGCGCCACAGCAAACCCGGCGGAACAUUGCCGUGAUGACGUCCGGCGGCGACGCGCCGGGCAUGAACGCGUGUGUGCGUGCCGUGGUGCGUGCGGCCAUCUACCGUGGCUGCAGGGCCUAUGCCGUGAUGGAGGGCUACGAGGGCUUGGUGCGCGGCGGACCCGAGUACAUCCGCGAGAUGUCCUGGCAGGCCGUGGAGGGCUACCUCUCCGACGGCGGCACGAACAUCGGCACUGCGCGGUGCAUGGCGUUCAAGGAGCGCGCCGGCCGCUUGAAGGGCUGCAAGCACAUGAUCGACGCGGGUAUCGACGCGCUCAUCGUGUGCGGCGGCGACGGCUCCUUGACCGGCGCGGACUUGUUCCGUGCGGAGUGGCCCUCGUUGAUUGCCGAGUUGAGGGAGAACGGCUCCAUCUCCGCGGACCAGUACCAGAAGCACAAGCACUUGAACAUCUGCGGCACGGUCGGCUCCAUCGACAACGACAUGGCUACCACAGACGCCACCAUCGGCGCCUACUCGUCGUUGGACCGCAUCUGCAAGGCCAUCGACUACAUCGACGCCACGGCCAACUCCCACUCGCGCGCCUUUGUCGUGGAGGUCAUGGGCAGACACUGCGGCUGGUUGGCUUUGAUGGCCGGCAUUGCCUGCAGUGCAGACUACAUCUUGAUCCCGGAGAAGCCGUCGUCCAGCAAGGACUGGCAGGACCAGAUGUGCAACAUCGUGUCCAAGCACAGGGCCAAGGGAAGGAGAAAGACGGUGGUCGUCGUGGCCGAAGGCGCCAUCUCCAGCGACUUGGAGCACAUCAGCGCAGACGACGUCAAGGAUGUUUUGGUCGACAUGUUGGGCUUGGACACCAGGGUCACCACCUUGGGCCACGUGCAGAGAGGCGGCAAGGCGGUCACUUUUGACAGGGGAUUGGCCACUUUGCAAGGUGUGGAGGCUGUCAAGGCCGUCUUGGAGUCCACCCCUGAAACACCCAGCCCGCUCAUUGGCCUCAAGGAAAACAAGGUCGUCAGGUUGUCCUUGGUGGACGCGGUGCGAAUCACUAAGUCCGUUGCAGAGGCGAUCGAGUCCAAAAAUUUCGACAAGGCCAUGGAGUUGCGCGACACGGAUUUCGGCGAGUACUUGAAGAAUUUCAUGGCCGUCAACUCAGCUAACCACGAGAGGCCCUCUCUCCCCAUCGAGAAGAGAAAACGCAUCGCCAUCAUCAACGUCGGCGCCCCAGCAGGCGGUAUGAACAGCGCUAUUUACUCGAUGGCCACAUACUGUAUGUCCCGUGGUCACACGCCUUAUGCCAUCCACAAUGGGUUCUCGGGGCUUGCCCGGCAUGAGUCUGUACACGUCAUUGACUGGUUGAACAUCGAGAACUGGAUGUCCAAGGGUGGCUGCGAGAUUGGAACAAACCGUACUACGCCUGAAGAGACGGACUUCGGCAUGAUCGCUUACUACUUCGAGAAGUACGCAUUUGACGGCUUGGUGAUUGUUGGCGGGUUCGAGGCCUUCGAAUCUUUGCACCAAUUGGAGAGAGCGCGUGCCAUGUAUCCAUGCUUCAGGAUUCCCAUGGUGUUGGUUCCGGCUACGCUCUCUAACAAUGUUCCUGGAACAGAGUACUCUUUGGGUGCCGAUACAUGUUUGAACUCAUUGAUGGACUACUGUGACAUUGUCAAACAAUCUGCCUCUGCCACAAGAAACCGUGCGUUUGUCAUUGAGGUCCAAGGAGGAAAUUCGGGCUACAUUGCUACUUAUGCUGGUUUGGCGUGCGGUGCCCAAAUAUCGUACGUGCCUGAAGAGGGCAUUGACUUGGCGCAGUUGGAGUGUGACAUCAAGUCUUUAACCGAGUCGUUUGCCACAAAUUCAGGUAAUUCGACGAAGAGCGGAAGAUUAAUCUUGAAGAGUAUCAACGCAUCCAAGGUGUUGUCCACUGAUGUCAUAGCUAACAUCAUGCGGCUGGAAUGCGAUGGUGCAUUCGACGUCAAAACUGCUUUGCCUGGUCAUGUCCAGCAAGGUGGUCUCCCCUCGCCUAUUGACAGAACCAGGGCAUGUAGAUUUGCCGUGAGAGCCGUCCAGUUUAUUGAGGAUUCGAGCGACAACAUUGCAGAGUUGCGUUACGCAGAGGAGUUCCGUGCCGAAGACAAAAAGGUCACGGAUACAGCUGCUGUGUUGGGAGUCAAGUCUUCGCACUUGAGAUUCACCUCCAUCAGACAAUUAUACGACUACGAGACCGAGAUUGGGAAGAGAAUGCCAAAGACAAUCUCGUGGCAACACACCAGAGAUAUUGCUGACCAACUCGUGGGUAGAACAAAGCUUGUUCGCAAUUGA